CUAUGAAAUCGUGUGCUGGAGAAGCAUUUAACCAGGCUAAUUACUCACGUGAUAAACGAUCAUUCUUCCCAAUCCCAAGUCUUCAGGCCCUAUCUGUGAGUCUGUGAUUACUGUUACCGCAGAUUUGAUCAAUUUUUUCCUCUAUCUUAUCGCCAUGAAUGAGCUGCUGAGGAAGAGAGCUGUGCAGCCGGAGCACGUCGCCAACUCCUGACUCCUGAGUUACUUUGACUGCAUCGAAAGCCACGGUCAGAGCAUUGAAGUCGAAGGCAACUUCUUAGAAAAAGAGCCAAAUAGAAUCAGCUCAGGCCACCGUUUGAGAAAUUUAAGUUGGAAAACUCCCCAUGUUCUUAAAGAAUAAGCAUACAAUGCAAUAAAAUAAUCCUUCAGGGACCGAAGCGGCAGAGAGGCCUUUUCUGUGGUUGUAGCGGCGGUAGCAAUGGCAAAACCCUCAUUUCUCAGGGCUGAUUAUUCCAUGGCACCGGAUCUCCCACUGGACCGUACGGGUUACAGGAGAACCCCCACACACGGGCGCGAUCUCGUUUUCGUUGUCAAUCCCAGAGGUGCCAAUGGCAGUACAGGUAAAGAGUGGAAGAAAUUACUGCCUUAUCUGAGGUCUCGUCUUGGUAAUGACUGCAACAUAUGUGAAUCUUUGACUUCAGGUCCUUCACAUGCCAUUGACAUAACUAGGGAGGCUAUACGGGAGGGGGCUGAUGCUGUGAUAGCUGUUGGUGGUGAUGGUACUCUUCAUGAGGUUGUGAAUGGCUUCUUCUGGGCAGGGAAACCUGUUGGUGCUCAAGACCAGGGUCCUACACAUACGACUGCUCUUGGUCUCAUUCCCUUGGGUACUGGAUCCGAUUUUGCUAGGACAUUUGGAUGGAAAAAUGACCCUUUUGAAGCUGUUGAACGCAUAGCAAAAGGGUUGAAAUCUUGGGUAGAUGUUGGCAUUAUUAGUAAAGGAAGUGGCGAACCCCAUUAUUUUAUAAAUGAUGCUGAUAUUCAUUUGAGCGCAAAGGCAGGCUACUAUGCUUCUCAGUACAAAAGAUUUGGAAAACUAUGUUAUGUUUUUGGUACUUUGAGAGCCUUUUUUGGGCACAAGAAUCGGGAUCUCAAGAUUAGGGUCAAUGGGGGAGAAUGGGAAAUAUUUCCUAACGUUACAGCCCUUUGCGUUGGCAAUGGAAAAUUCUUUGGUGGCGGCAUGAAGAUAACCCCAAACGCAGACCCUCGCAAUGGAAAUUUUGAGGUUGUCAUUCUCCAGGACUUUAAAUGGUAUGAUUUUAUUCUUAAACUGAAUAAGCUGUACAAUGGGAGACACCUAUCCGAGAAAAAUGUGUAUUCAAGAAGUGCACUGACUAUUGAAGUGGAGGAAAUUAUAGGCAGCAAUAGCAUCUAUGUGCAGUCUGAUGGGGAACAUCUAGAGUUUCUUCCGAUGAAGUUUAGCAUUUUACCUGCUGCAAUUGAGAUGCUGUGCUAAUUAUGUAGAUGGGCUUGGUGUUUCCAGAGUGUCUCUUCAAUGUGUGGGUGGCUGCUAUACUAUUUACCAUGACAAAGAUGAAGGAAAAUACAAGAAACUGAACUAAAAUGAAAAAGGGCUACAUACCAAACAGUUUUCUCGUUCCUGUUUCCCUAGUUCUCUUUUCUUCAGGGGUUCUGGUAGCACCAGCUAUGAUUUUGAGGCAUCCUCACUGACCUAUUUUAACUUGGGUCAUGGGAUCUCAGGUAUCAGGAAGAUGGGAACCUAUGUUUACCCAAGCCUUCAAAUAAGGAGCUGUACCCAUGUCUUAUAUAUACAUCUUGUGAGCCAAUAAGAGUGCAAGAAAUGGAAUAUUUUCCACACACACAUGUAAUCUUUGCCAUGUCCAGUUAACAGAUAAAGGUACCCACCCCGCAAACUCUAUGAAACAAGAGUGAAAAAUUGAUUACAUUUGAUCGGACAGGUAGUGGUCUAUGACAUUACGGACAAUGUGAGAUUAACAAUUUCUUAUUUUCUGGUCUUAGACAUAAUGCAGUAGAGAUUGUCAAUUGGAAAAGUGAAAAAUAUAUGAUUGUGUGUGACACUUAUUUUCA